AUGCUCAUCUGGUUCAUACUGGCAGCUAUUCAUACCCAGCUGAGAGCUGAUGAAUACCAGUCACUCUUUAAUAUAUCUGAUUUAGGGCAGCAGUUUUCUCCCGUAAAUCAGCAAGCAUUACUCCUAUCGAAUAUCAGUGCAGAUUCUAGCUCAACUUGUCGUCAAGCAUGCCAUGCAAAUAUUUAUUGCUGGAUAUACGAUUACGAUGGCCUAACAAAGCAAUGCCGUUUGUUUGAAGGCGACGUCAGUACAAUGGGGAUUAUCAGUGCAUCUUCUUCACCGUUGUCAACUGUUGGUCAGAUUCAACUGAACAAAGAGCUGUUUGCUAGUAGCGGAUUGUCCUGUUCAUUUUGUGCUAAGAGUCGGUAUUUGACUUGUGUGAAUUCAACUUGCCAGUGUUUAGCACGCACAUAUUUCGACGGAUCGAUGUGUCGCAGUCAAAAGUUACUGAGCACUCAAUGCACUUCGGAAACAGAUUGUCGAAAUGAUUUAAAUCUAACUUGUUUAUCACGUAAACAAUGUGGACCAAUAUCGCUUCAAUCUGGUAUCACUGUUGCUGGCAGUUCAAAUGGGUCGUCGGGAUCGACAAGUAAUGCACUUUUAUCUCCAUUCGGCAUUGCCAUCGGAAGAGACGAUUCACUAUGGAUUAGUGACGCUGGUAAUUCUCGUGUGAUGCGAGUGUCAGUAGGAUCUUUAAAUGGAACUAUCGUUGCUGGAACAGGAACUUCAGGUAUUGCAAGCACACAACUGAAUUUUCCAUCGCAUUUAUUCGUUGACAAUGCAUCCAAUAUUUACGUUAGCGACACGUUGAAUGGUCGAGUUAUGCUGUGGCUCAACGGUUCUUCUUCUGGUUUUUCAGCCACAGGUGCAACCCGUAUAGCAGGAAGAACAAUAGGACUCGCUGUUGAUUCGCAGAAGAAUGUUUACGUGGCUGAAACAGAUAAUCAUCGUGUAACUAAAUGGACACCGAAUGCUACAACUGGCAUAGUAGUUGCUGGUGCCAGUACUGUCGGUACCGACAAUCAGCAUCUUGCUUAUCCUUUUGGACUUUUUCUCGAUGAACUGCACUCGUACCUUUAUGUUGCUGACUAUGGAAAUAAUCGUAUACAAAGAUUCACGCUUGGAGGAUCAUUAAACGGAACGACAGUAGCCGGUGGAAGUGGACAAGGCUCGAAUGAUAGUCAAUUAUAUUUUCCUCAAGCGGUAUGUGUAUCGAAAAACACGGGCGCGAUCUAUGUUGCCGAUACGUAUAAUAAUCGUGUUGUCCGUUGGAGUUCUGGUGCAACAAAAGGCGUCACACUCGUUGGUGUUCCGGGAACAUCUGCAACGUUAUUAUCGGGCCCCGGUCAUGUCGCUUUAAGCAGAAACGAAACGUUUCUUUAUGUGGCAGAUGUAAAUAACAAUCGUAUCCAACGCUUUGAACUCAUUUAA